AAAAAGAAGAAGGAAAAAUCAUCUGAUCUCCACGUGAGCCAACCAAAUUCUUCUCCACCUUAUCCUCUUCCCCUUCCACUCAUCCCCCCAACUCCACCUCCCCAAAUUCCUUCAUUCCCUACUUCCCUCCCAUCCUCACUUUCUUCCCCCCGCUCUCCACAAACUCCUCCUCCAAUCCCUCUUCCCGAAACAAGGUUGUGGUUGCGUCUGAGAAGCAAUGGCAGCCGCCUCCGCCGCCGUCUGCCCGGUGACCCUCGCCGCCUCCGCCGCCGUCCCGCGGCAGCGGAAGAGCAGGGUGAACUACAUCGCGGGGCUCAACUCUUUCGGCGGCUUGAAGGCUCACAACGGGGUGGCUUCGCUCGGGGUGGCCGUCUGCGCCGACCAGUCGUUUGCGAAGAUCGUGAGCUCUCUCCGGUCGCCGGGCAAGUCGAGAAGAGGCGGCGGUGGGGCGCUGUCUUCGACCUGCAGCGCGGUGGAGGAGAUUUUCAGGAUCGCGGCGAUCAUGAACGGGCUCACCCUCGUCGGGGUGGCGGUCGGGUUCGUCCUCCUCAGGAUCGAAGCUGCGGUGGAAGAGGCUGAGUAAGAAGAAACUCCAUGGCAAAAAUGUCAUUUACAUAUUUCCCUUUUUUCAAAUUUAAUUUAUGUAUUUUGGGCAGGAUUAAGAUUAUGUCUGUUUUAUUUGUUGUUUGAUGAUGUAAGAAGAUACUCUGCUUCGAAACCUGAAGGGGCUAUAUUUUUAGCUGAUGAAUUUCACCUGAAAGAAAAAAGCAUGAAA